AUGUUAGAUGAUUUUAUCAUUAAUCAAAAUCAAAUUGAAUUGAAUACAGUCGAUUUAAAUAUUGACAAUGUUAUCCAUUCAUCACCAUCAUCAUCAUCAUCACCGUCAUCGUCAUCACCGUCAUCGUCUUAUGCAAUAUCAUCUGUAGAGAUAUGGGCACUUAUAUUAACAUUUUUAUAUUAUGCACUAAUGAUUUGUUUAGGUAUAUUUUGUUGGUUAAAUGCUAAACGUAAAUAUAAAAAUCGUCAAAAAUCAAUAGACAUUUCAACAUGGUCACGUUUUCAUAUUGGUCCUAAUCAAUUACAUAUUAAAUAUACAGAUGAUGAUGGUGAUUCUAUGACUAAUUAA